GCGAGCUCGUAACAGCGAGUCAGUGUCACAUCAUGAGGAUACGAUGUCGGUAGGGAGAGGAGUUGCCUUAACAUGUGCUAUUAUACUGAUGGUCCUUUGGUGUGCCAUUUGGUGUGUACAUUUACUAGCCCUCUUUUACGGGAAAUGGCGUUUACACUACACUCCUCCGGUGUCCCCAGAAGAUCUGCAAGGUGUAUCCAUCAUCAAACCACUCACCGGGGUCGACCCCCAUCUGUACAUCAACCUCGAAACAUUCUUCAAACUUAAAUAUCCAGCAUAUGAGUUGCUGUUUUGUGUCCAGGAUGACAGUGAUCCAGCCAUCCUUGUUGUCCAAAGUCUUAUUGCCAAAUAUCCAAAAGUAGAUGCUAAACUAUUUAUAGGUGUAAAAAUUGUAGGGCCAAAUGGGAAAAUUAAUAACAUGAUACGGGCGUACGAGGCCUCCAAAUACGACCUCAUAGUUGUCUCGGACAGCAAUCUUCGCAUGAACGAUGACACUCUCACGGACAUGGUUGCUAGUCUCAGUCCAAAAGUUGGCCUCGUUCAUCAGAUGCCCUACGUCUGUGACCGCAAAGGAUUCGCCGCCGUCUAUGAAAAGGUGUAUUUUGGUACACAGCAAGCGCGUAACUAUCUCUCGGCAAACUGUGCUGGCGUGAACUGUACCACAGGCAUGUCCUGCUUGAUGAGGAAAGAUGUCUUAGAGGAAGCUGGUGGAAUGGCCGCCUUUGGCAAAUACUUGGCUGAAGACUACUUCUUUGCAGAAGCUUUUAGAGAAAAAGGGUACAGUACUGUGAUCAGUGGGCAGCCAGCACUGCAGAAUUGUGGAUCUUAUUCAGUAGACAGCUUUCAUCAACGACUCAUCCGAUGGGCCAGACUACGUUCUUCCAUGAUACCUGUAAUCAUCAUCCUGGAGCCAAUCACAGAGUGCAUGUUAAUGGGCGUGCUCACGUCCUGGGCGGCCCAGUAUCUCUUCUCCGUCAGCCCCCUUGCCUUCUUUCUUCUCCAUGUACUCUGUUGGUUUCUUAUUGAUUAUAUGCUCAUGAGAGUCAUAGAGAAUGGCCCUUUGAAAAUUUCAAAAUUUGAAUUUUUGGUAGCCUGGCUUUUGCGAGAAUCCAUGGCGUUGUACCUUACUAUGAGAGCACACUCCACUUCCAAAAUUGUGUGGCGAAACAGAAAGUACCGAGUGCGGUGGGGCGGACUGGCUGAGGAAGUAUGACACAGCGCCUAAGGGCUGGAAUGCAAAAACAUUUGUUUGUGCACUCGAGGGAUGGUCAACUUGUCAUCAGAGAAUUUUGCAAACGAAGGGCAGAGAAGAACGUGGAGACGACAGAAGAACAUGCACUGCAAACAUAUUAUUCAACUAUUAUUCCCCUGGGAGGGACAGCUCAAAAGUACCAUGGAGGUCAUUUUAUUCAGCUUUCAAGGACACAGAUAUAUACAUGUGACCCUAGAGACCUAGUACUGUUGACUGUGUAGCUGGUCUAUGCUGCCAACUAUGGAAUGUAUUCACUCCUGGAGAGCAGCCUAAAGGAAAUGGCAUCAAAGAAAAUGGCAUACAGUAUGCUCACGUUUGUAGUUGCUGACGACGUAUUUGUCAGGGCGAGGAGUGAGUGGUUGAGUGAUUAAGCUGCACUGUGUAUUUACAGAAUGCCAGAUUUUGGGUUCAAGGGAUCUUGGGUCGUGUACGCUGCGCUAACUGGGCAUGCAAUGUUUGGGGGAUUCCCCUAGACACCAGUGUCUAAUGUAUAGUGGCAGUAUAUGCAUGUAUCACCUUCAUGUAUCACCUUCUGGCAGUUAUGUUGUUUUUGGAAUGUGCAGUAGAGAAAAGGUCAUCUAUCCUACCUGUACAAACUCUAAAUUUUGAAAUUUCACUGCUGUCCAGUCUCCACACGAGUGCAUCGUGAAUGGCAGAAAAGUUCUCCCAACUCGCAGAAAGUGUGUGUGAGCAGAUAUUUUUGUCCGCGCUGCAGAGUAUGCCAUGGUGUGCUUUUUUGCACAACAUCGUAUUCUAGCCCACUGGAUGCUUUCAGGUGUGUUGUGUUUUAAGACCAGAGUCGUUUUGCUGAGAAACUAUACAGGCAAAGUCCUUUUUCCAUAUUACUUCUGUUGCUGUUGGAGAACUGUACCGUUGAGGCUCGCGUUGUAAACUUCCUGACAGGUUGCAGUCCAGGUCGCUGUUUGUGUAAAGUGCUUUUGCUAUCGGCCAGAACACUGCUUCCUUGGUGACCAGAGACUUGCUAUAUUUUAUACAGAAUUUGUACAGUAAUUAACUUGUGCUUUGUGUAUUUUAUCACUGUCUGACCAUAGUGUCACAAUAUGAGGAUGUCAGAUAUAUUGCCUAUGAUGUUUUCAUGCUGUGUGCUGAUUUAUAUAACUGGACUUUUUGGUUGCCUGUCUGAUAUGUUCAACAGGCGAGUGAUAACCUGGAGAUCUAUGAAGCCACAGGACCUGGGGAACUCCAAAGACUGUUACAAGUGGGUGCUCUACAACAAGCGAGUGAUUGUUUGAAGCAGUGUGAAGUAAAACCUGGGUUAAAAAGCUGAGAUUCAAGUUAUAAGUCGGUGCUCUUCAGUGUGUCGCAUGCUAACGAUGACGCUUGUGUACGAAUUACAAGCUGAGGUAGUAUAUGGUACUAUACACGUGGAAACUGCCAUCAUAUUUCUGCUGUAUAACAGAACAGGUAGUGAUAAGCAUGUGGUUCAGUAAUUGCCCAGAUAGUUUGUGCAGUUCACUUUGUCAACAGUUUGCUGGUCGCUGAAGUAAAGUGUGGGUGUGUAAUGGCGUGUGACAUGGAAGUCGCUACCUAAUACAAACUGUUACCAUGCGCGGAUUGCUGCAGCGAGCUGGGAUUCAAUCAAAUCUACAGUAUUAAUUGCAAAGCACGUCCAAAGUGGUCAGCUCAUGCGAUUCGACAGCGUACCCAACAGACUGAACAUUGAACAGCAUUCUCAACAACUGAUGUCCAUGGAGACGUAUUGCAAGCUCAGUGAUUAUACACCUUGUUUUGUGCUGUAAACUUUCACUCACUGAAACAUGUGGUCUAACAACAAUUGGAGCAUAUGUAACACUGUUUACUUACUGAUCAGAUUUGCGACACAGCAUAGUCACCUUGACCUUGACCUUACUGACUUUGCUUGAUCAGGAAACAGCACCUGUCACUCGCUAAUGUUGCGACGUCAUGACGACAGUUUUCAAUACAACAAAGAACCAUUCUUCUUGGAUAGUCUGAAGGUUUUUUUUUUUGGUUUU